AUUCAUUGAUACAAUUUCUGCUAUAAAAAAAUAAAAACAAAAUGGAAUCUGAUUAUGAUGAAAAUCAUAGUGGUUGGACAGAUGAAAUGGCCAGAACAAAUGAAGAUUGCGGAGGAGAAGAUAGUUUUGAUAAUCCUCAAGAAAUCUUAAAUGAAUGUUUAGAUAAGUUUAAGACACCUGAUUAUAUCAUGGAACCUGGUAUAUUUAUGCAACUUAAGAGAUAUUUUCAAGCUGGUGGCAAUCCUGAGCAAGUAAUAGAAUUAUUAUCAAAAAAUUACACUGCAUGUGCUCAAAUGGCAAAUCUUCUUGCCGAAUGGCUCAUUCUUGCUGGAGUGAAAGUUUCAGAUGUUCAAGCUAUGGUGGAAAAUAAUUUGAAAGAUAUGAUAUUGAAAACUUUUGAUCCCAAAAAAGCAGAUAAAAUUUUUACAGAAGAGGGUGAAACCCCUGCGUGGUUGACAGAAAUGAUACAACAUCCCACUUGGAGAUCUCUUAUUUAUAGGCUUGCUGAAGAAUACCCCGAUUGUUUAAUGCUAAAUUUUACUAUAAAGCUCAUAUCAGAUGCAGGAUUCCAAGGUGAAAUUACAAGCAUCUCAACAGCAGCACAACAAAUUGAAGUAUUUUCACGAGUUUUAAAAACUGCGAUCGCUGGAUUUUUACAACAUACAGAAGAUUGGCAGUCAAGUAUACAGGAAUGUGCGAAAAUGGUAUGUCACGGACAACACACGUACGUCUAUAGUCAAGUGUUGUUACAAAUCCUUGCUCAAGAAUCACGUGGUGGAUUCAUGAUGAAAAGGCUUUCCCAAGAAAUCACCAAAUGUGCUCAACAAAAUCAUCAUGAUGUUACCCCAAUAACAAUGGCACUAAAUGGAGCUUCGAGUAGCCCUAGCGCGUGUCAAGCAUUGGCAUCUAUGUUAUCACGGAAUACUUUAAAUCCUGCGGACAUUAGUGUAUUAUUUCGAAAUUAUUCCACAGCAGAUCCACCUCCAAUAGAAUUACUUCGUAAUCCACAAUUUUUAGAAUUGUUAGUUGACGCACUUUUUAAGCCGGGUGUAAAAAUUAAUCCUGAACAUAAGCCAAAGUAUAUAUACUUAUUGGCUUAUGCAGCUAGUGUUUGUGAUGUUUCAGCUAAAAAAGGACACCCACGUAAAUUAAAUAAAGAUGAAUUAAAAACAACUAUUCAAGCAAUUGAAAAAGUUCACAAUAUUUGUAAUAUUAAUAAAGGAUCUACUGAAUUGGUAGCUGAGUUACAUACUUUAUACCAAUGUAUAAGAUUUCCUGUCGUAAGUGUGGGUGUAAUUAGAUGGGUAGAAUGUACUGUAACAGAGCCAUCCUAUUUUAAAUUAUGCACAGAACAUUGUCCUGUGCAUCUUGCAUUGCUCGAUGAAGUUGUAGUCUGCCAUCCACUAUUACAUCCAAAAGUGUUACAACUACUUGUACAGUUAUUUGAAAGUAAACAAGAUGAAUUGGAGAUACUUGUGCAGUUGGAAAUGAAAAAAAUGUUAAUCGACAGAAUGGUCAAUUUACUAAGCAAAGGUUGCGUGGUACCUGUAGUAUGUUAUAUCAAACAAUGUUGGCAACGAGGAGAUACAGACGUAUCUUUAAUUAGAUACUUCGUUACAGAGGUUUUAGAAGCAAUAGCUCCGCCAUACACAGCCGAAUUUGUUCAGUUGUUUUUACCUAUGGUAGAAGACGAAGAAAUCACAGGUACAAUGCGCGGUGACAGCGAUAAUGACCUCGUUUCAGAAUUUAUUGUACACUGCAAAGCGCAUUGCCCUACCAUAAGGUGAUGCUUUGUCACUCAUCAAAGGUA